CGCCUCAAAUUAUUAUUAUUAUUUUUUUUUGAGUCGUAUAACUUUUCAUUAUUCUUUUGAUUACAAUAAAAUUAUAAAAAAAAAUUUGUCCAAUUAUCUUUAAAAUUUUGAAAUAUAAUUCUAUAUUAACAAACGAGAAGGUUUUUUUUGUUUCGUAAAUCGAUUGUAUUUUUUUUUCGUUAUCAAUCGAUAAUUUUUUUUCUCGUUUCCCUUACAUCUUCUGCUCUGUGAUAUCAUUCUAAAAAAAAUUCCGUUGAAGAGACAAAAUAAAGAUGGCUUGCGUUACUCUCAAACGUCCCUUGGAAUGGGUUGAUCCAUCUAUGUCACCCGAAUCGGGUUCCUCUUCACCAACUCAUAUGAUAAUUUCAAAUUCACCUCCACAUCAUGGUUUACGUUCGCCAAAACGAUUAUGUUUACAAUCGUUAAGUCAAUCAUCAUCGACCUCAGCGAAUAUAUCAUCGCCAUAUUCAAACACAUUGAAUACAUUUAUGUCUCAUCAAACAUGCCAUUUUUCAUCUCCGUUUGCAAAUAACUUUUCAAAUACAAAUACCAAUCAAUCAUCAAAUUCUGGUAACAAUUUAAAACAGCUAAAAUCUUCUGAUCUUGCCGACCAAAUUCGUGAGGAAGUGUUUCGUUUACGAUUGGUUCGGCGAAAAAUGGCUAAAGUAUCUGCAAUAGGAAACAAAUUGCAAGAAUCAUCAUUGUCAGGAUCUUCUUCACCACAACAACAAGAUACAAAGACCAUUAGCAACAAUGUCGCAACCGAUAAACAGCAACACUUACCGUCAUCAUCAGCAAGCACAUCUACUUCGGCUACUCAACAUGCAGCAUAUAGCUUAUACGCCAGUUUAAUCGAUGCUGCCAAUCAUCAUGAUGUAGAAAUUGCUAAAUAUAAAGAUGAAAAUUUGUCUUCCACUACUUUCAACAGCGACAAUAAUCAUGAUGAUGAUGAAAAUGAAAGCAGAAAAAAAUCGUCCAGUUCUUCCAAAUCGUUGGCUAACAUCAAUAACAACGAACCAUUAUUCACAUUCAAUCAUGUUGUUUUGAUUGUCGAAAGAAUUUUACGAGAAAAAGAAGAAUCGAUACGCCGUGAAUAUGAUGCCAUAUUAUCACAACGUUUAGCUGAACAAUAUGAUCAAUUUGUGAAAUUUUCUUACGAUCAAAUCCAACGACGUUUUGAUUCACAAUCGUUGCCCAGCUAUUUAUCGUAGAAUUUUCAUAUUUUAAUUUUUUUUUCUGAAAUGUACAUUCACAUACCAAUCUUUAUACCUACCUAUAGUAAACAAUACAUACAAAGAAAUUUUAUUAUUGGCAA